GAGUUGCUACCGAGCCGGGACGAAAGCUCGGUGAAGUGCCGGAACUAUAGGAAUAAAAUAUUCCGGUGUCCUAUAGGCGGGCAACCAUAGAGGCUUUGUGGCAUUAAGCACUCUCCCCUUUAGGGGAGGGAUAGAGAUACAGGUAUCCCCUGUUUUCUUUCAGCGUGACAAGAGGUUUAUGGACUUAUACAUGAUGAACUGUGAAUUAUUAGCAACAUGCAGUGCCCUAGGGUACCUGGAAGGAGAGACUUACCACAAAGAACCUGAUUGCCUUGAAAGUGUAAAGGAUUUAAUCCGUUACCUGAGGCAUGAGGAUGAUUCACGUGAUAUUCGACAACAGCUAGGAGCUGCCCAGAUCCUGCAAAAUGAUCUCAUACCUUUGGUCAUCCAACACCACAGUGACAAACUGUUAUUUGAUGCAGUCAUCCGGUUGAUGGUAAAUCUAACUCAACCAGCAUUACUUUGCUUUGGGAAAGUACCCCAGGAUCCCACGUUCCGACACCACUAUCUCCAAGUGGUGUCCUAUCUGCAGGCUUACAAGGAGGCCUUUGCAAGCGAGAAGCUGUUAGGAGUCCUCAGUGAAAAGUUAUAUGAUUUAUUACAGCUUGAUUGGGAACAGAGAGGGGAAGAGCAUAACCUACUUAUUGAGAGGAUUCUUCUGCUUGUGCGUAAUAUCCUUCAUGUCCCUGCUGACCCAGAGGAAGGGAAGAGCGUGGAUGAUGACGCUAGCACCCAUGACAGAGUACUCUGGGCAGUACACAUGAGUGGGAUGGAUGACCUUGUGAAGUUCCUGGCCAGUUCUGAGACAGAGCAGCAGUGGAGUAUGCAUGUGCUGGAGACUGUAUCUCUUAUGUUCCGAGAUCAGAACGCAGAACAUCUCGCUGCAACAGGCCAGGCACGAUCUGUCACAGAAAGGACCACGGAUGUGAAGGACUUGGAGAUCCUGCGACAGAGGGAAAUUGCAGAGAGGAAGAACAGAGUUUUCCAGCGUGGUACGAGGCACUCUCGGUUUGGUGGCUCAUAUGUCAUACAAGGAAUGAAGUCUAUUGCAGACAGAGACAUCAUUUACCAUAAAGGUCUACAUAAUUAUAAGAAUUACUCCCAUGACUCUGGAAAGGAGGUGAAGAGAGUCCCAAAGAGAAGACAACAAGCAAGGGACACAGAACCGCCCCGCAGGUCGGCACUCAACGUCCGUCUGUUUCUGAAAGAGUUUUGCAUUGACUUCUUGGAGAACUGUUACAACCGGCUCAUGUACAUUGUGAAGGAUCAUCUGAUUCGUGAGAAAGCCCAACAGCACGACGAGACCUACUACCUGUGGUCUAUGGCAUUUUUCAUGGCCUUCAAUCGCCUGUACAAAUUCAGGCCAGAGCUUGUAUCUGAAACUGUUAGCAUUAGGACCUUUCAUUUCAUAGAACAAAACCUCACCAACUACUAUGAGAUGAUGCUAACUGACAAGAAAGAAGCUUCGUCCUGGGCCCGUCGAAUGCACCUUGCCCUGAAGGCGUAUCAAGAGCUCCUUACCACUGUCCAUGAAAUGGACCAUUCUAAAGAUGAGACUGUGAGAGAAAGCAGCACUAUUAUUAAAAAUAAUAUUUUCUACUUGAUGGAGUACAGGGAGCUGUUUCUGGCUUUAUUCAGAAAGUUUGAUGAAACUAAGCAGCCACGUUCCUUUUUAAAGGAUCUAGUGGAAACCGCUCAUUUGUUCCUGAAAAUGUUGGAAAGGUUUUGUAAAGGCAAGAGGACAGUUGUGGUCCAGAACCGAAAGAUCAAAAGAAAGAAAAAGAAGUCUGUGCGUCGCUCCACAGAUGGUCAUCGUAAGACCCCAGAAGAGCUGGAGGAAACUUGGAAGUCUGUUUCUGAGAAACUUAAAGAUUGUGUCAUGGGCUCACAAAGUCUGCCAGAAGCAGUUGUGCCAUUUGAUGCAGCCUCUGAGAUUCCUGUAGAGGAGCAACGGACAGAAGCUCUUGUGAGAAUUCAGGAUGGACUUCUUUCAGGCAAGGCACCAGAGUCACUUGUCCUUCUGCGUUCUGCCAGAGAAGUCUGGCCAGAGGGGGACGUGUUUGGCUCUCCAGAGAUGGAACACGAGGAAGAAGUUGAAUUGAUGAAACAAAUUCUCUUAGCAGACCUUCCUAGGUCAUCACAAGGUGAAGCUGAGGAUUUGAUGGAAGAGGAGGAGGAGGAAGAAGAGGCAGAGGAAGAGGAGCUGACCUCAGUUCAAGUGUCUGAAAAGGAGUUUAAUUUUAUAGAUUAUAUGAAACGAUUUGCUAACUCCAACGUUGUAAAAACCUAUGUCCUGUUGCUGAAGAACUACCAGCAGAACAGUGCACACACCAACCACUGUGUAGUGAAGAUGCUGCACCGUAUUGCUUAUGAUCUCAAAAUGGAGGCACUUCUCUUCCAGCUUUCUGUGUUCUGCUUGUUCAAUCGCAUUAUGAAUGACCCAGCAGCCGGUGUCUAUAAGGAAUUGGUGGGCUUCUCUAAAUAUAUCGUGAAUAAGUUCUUUGCUCUGGCGGCAACAAACAACAAAGCAUAUGUAGAGCUUCUUUUCUGGAAAAAUACAAAUGUGGUGCGAGAGAUGACAGAAGGUUAUGGAAAAACUGCCGAAGGAGGGAGCGAAGGCAAUCACAAGCGCUUGAAAUGGACCCCCGAGGAGGAAGAGGAGCUCAGGGGACUUUAUUUGCAGUAUAAAGAAAUUGAAAAUGUUGAUGUGGUGGAUACUAUAUUGGCUAAUCUGAAACCUGGAAGCAGAACCCGGAAACAAAUUAUAAACCAUCUUGUACAAAUGGGACUGGCUGAUAGUGCCAAAGAUUUCAAAAAAGAGGUCAAAGGUACUCGCAUUGUACUGUGGACAGAGGACCAAGAGCUGGAGCUUCAGAGACUAUACGAAUUGUUCCAAGAAUCAGACGACAUACUGGGAAACAUCAUGAAAAACAUCACUGCCAAACGAUCCAAAGCCAGGAUCAUAGAAAAACUAAUCAGCAUGGGGCUGGUGUCAGAGCGCAAAGAACUUUACAAGAAGAGGAAGAGAAAAGGGAAAUGCUCUGGCAUGUCUGAGGAGGAGUUUCUACAUGAUCUGGGAAUUGAUGGAAAAGGCUGUGAUGUGGAUGAAGUGGAAGAAGAAGAGGAAGACGAUGAAGAGGAGAGUGAAGAGGAAGAGGAGUGGGAAUCUGCCAAGGAGUCAAAGCCAAAAGAGAAGUUGGACAAAAGAAAGAGUGAAUCAUUUGUGGACAAAAAGUUGCAAAGUCUUGUACAGAGACUGCAGCGGGAGGGCUUCUCCAGUCCUAUAUUGUGGCUUCAGAACUGUUUAAAUCGGGCAGCAGAAGACAAAGAAGAGGAUGGUUCUUCUCAAUCGAUACCCCUUGUGCCUUUAACGGAAGAGAAUGAGGAUGCUAUGGAGAAUAAAACGUUCCAAAAACUGCUAAAGAGUCUGGGUGUCCGUCCUCCUUCAAAUGAACAGGAAUCGUUUUGGCGAAUCCCAGGUAAACUGAGUCCUGCACAUCUCCGCAAAGUAGCAUCUUCGCUUGACCAUCCGUCUCCAGAUGGUACCAUUGAUAGGCCAAGCGACUCUGAAGACCAGGAUCCUAGCCUAGAACAGCGGGCAGUGGCAUUACGGGCUCUUUUACUUGUCCGGAAAAAAAAGGCUGGAACAACUUUACCUGAAGAACUUGAAGAACAAAACCAACAUACAGACAUUCCAACAGAACCAGAGGUCCAGAGUAAUAGGCCAAAAACUGUGACAAGCAGGGCUCGCUUAGUGGAUAGUGAGGAGGAAGAGGAGCUGGCAACAGAUCAAGAAAUAAAUGACCCAGACCAGCAGAUGCAAGAUGCCUCUUUAGAACCUGAGUUGCGUAGUAAUAGGCUAAAGAUGAAAAGAAGCAGAUUGGUGGACAGUGAUGAUGAAGAGCCAGUACAGGAAAACCAAGGGGACACAGCACUGGAGCCUGGGGACACAAGAUCUGUUUCUGACGCAGAACCCGAGGAAGACAUUCGACCAACUAAGAGGCGGCGCUUUCGCAUAGACGAUGAAGAGGAAGAUUAACGAUGCAUAUGUGUUAAUAUUUAAGACCAGACACCAUAAUAAGCUUGAGGUGCUGUUUACACAUUUUGAUACCUGAUACAUCCAAAUAUACUGCUGUACAAAUGGAGCUACCUAAAAUUUAGGAGGGGGGGAGUUGGCCUAGUAAGCACCCUGAUUUCUAGAUGGGUAAUGUUUAAAAGAGAAGAAACAUUGGGCCUCCUUAAUAAAAUAUUAAAAAACAGAUACCGGGGUUAUUUGACAGUCUAUGUUUUGUUUCUGUAAACAAGCUGUAGUGGCCUAUAAUAUCAUUACAUCUCCGAUGGCAGCAAAGGCUCUGCUUUGUUAAUACCGUGUUUUUAUGUUGUCCAUCUUGGGUUUUAUCAUAAACUUGUGAAUUGAAAAAGUUUAAAUAUUAAGCAAAAUAAAAUUGUGCGUAUUUCUGUGUGGAA